AAAAUGUACAAAGAUGAAGCAGAUAAGAUGCUCUGUAACUAUUCUGCUGUCCCAGACACUCCAGAGAUGGAGAGGAUAAAAAGUACUCAGAAAAACAUCAGUUCAGUGUUUUAUAAGAAGGAAGUAGGAGCUGGCACAGCUGUAAAAGAGACUCCAGAGAUUGAAAGAGUAAAGAAAAAUCAACAGAAUAUUAGUUCGAUUAAAUACAAGGAAGAAAUUCAGCAUGCAACUAUUAUUUCUGACCCACCCGAAUUAAGGAGAGUUAAGGAAAACCAGAAGAAUAUUAGCAAUGUUCAGUACAAAGAACAGCUCUGCAAAGCUACACCUGUGAGCGUCACCCCUGAGAUCGAAAGAGUCAAGAGGAAUCAAGAGAAUGUCAGCAUGGUUCACUACAGAGAGCAGCCUGGCAAAGCUACCGCUGUGAGUGUCACUCCUGAGAUAGAGAGAGUCAAGAAGAAUCAAGACAAUAUCAGCUCGGUCAAGUACAGCAGUGAUCAGAGGCAGAUGAAAGGUAGACGUAGUGUGCUUCUAGACACACCUGAGCUAAGGCAUGUCAAAGAAACACAAAACAACAUCUCAAUGGUAAAAUACCAUGAAGAUUUUGAGAAGACAAAGGGCAGAGGCUUCACCCCAGUCGUAGAUGAUCCUGUAACAGAGCGUGUGCGGAAAAACACCCAAAUUGUGAGUGAUGCAGCAUAUAAAGGUGUGCAUCCACAUAUCGUUGAAAUGGAUAGAAGACCUGGAAUAAUUGUUGAUCUUAAAGUUUGGCGCACAGAUCCUGGCUCCAUCUUCGACAUUGAUCCUCUGGAGGACAAUAUUCAGUCUAGGAGUCUGCAUAUGCUUUCUGAAAGAGCAAGCCGUUACAGUAAGCAGUAUUUACAUUCUACCAGUUUGGGAGAUUAUAAAUCAGAUGGCUCUGACACGAACCCUACCUUUUCUUACUGCAGUGAGAUAACAAGGCCAUCUGAUGAAGAAG